AUGUCUCGUCUAGAAAACGCAACGGCCGUCGAGUCCCCGGGCCGGUGGCGAGAGCGCUUCCUCGAUCCGCUAUGCCACAUGUUUGACUUUGUCACCCUCGCCGCCAUCUGUCUGGCGAGCGAGCUCGUCAUCUGGGGCCUGAGUCGUGCCCUUGCUCCGGCGCGCCUCGAGUUUCUCGCUUCCGUCCUCGGCAUGGUCUUGGUAUUCUCGGCUGCCGUCCUCGCUGCCUGGAUUUUCCCUUGUUUCGAUGCCCUAUAUCAGCAAACCAUCAUGUCCAAGGUUGACUUGAUCAAUGCCAAUCUCGGUGUCGGAUUCACGAUACCAAUCGUCAUGAUGGACGGCAGAAAACAUCUGAGCAGUCACGAAGUUGCCUGCGUCAUCGGCACAUUUGUAUUGACAAAUGUCGUGUCUUGGACCGCCGUUUUCCUGCUGUCGGUGUUUGUCCUUGCUGUCGUCGGCAGGCUCAAGUCUCGGCUUGUUCGCUCGGUUACCCUCUGCGCCAUUGGGCGACGGCCAAGCAGAACGAGGCGGGAUGAGGCCCAAUCAUGCUCGCAAGCAGCCAUCCCGUACGGCUUGCGCUUUUGCCGGGGAAGCGAUUGUUCGUCCAGCAGCCUGUCACCAUCCUGGUCGGCAUCCGUCCAUGACACAGUCUCACCUGCGCCCGAAACGCGACGUCAUCGGCUUCGCAAGUCUUGGCUCGCUCGUUUCCUGUUGGCAAACUGCACCAUCCUCUUGUCUCUCGCCGGCUUUCUCGCCAUCGGCCUUCCACUGGCAGCGGUGGCCGAGGACGACCGCUUCCUCGACGGCUUUGCCAUCUUGUUCGUCUGGAUCUCGGCCGUGCGACUGCAACGGUCGUUCAAAUCUUCGUCGCUUUUGGCGACGACGAUGCGGACAAAGGGCGUCUUGACGACGGCCAUGAACCCCGUCCUGGCGACCAGCCUUUUGCUGGUGGCAUACACCAGAGCCAAGGCAGCAGUGCAGGGCGACGGCCUAGAGCAUGUCCUGGACACGCUGAGCGGCGGAACACCUCUAUACGCUCUGUGGACGGCCAAGGUGACGGAUGAGCCCGUGUCGGGUCACCGAUCGGCAUGGUUCGGCGCCGGAGACGCCGCGCUCUCCGUCCUUGAGUGCGGCAUGUUGACGUGGGGCUUCAAACUCUACGAAUGCCGUCGGCAAGUCUUUAGCGGGGCAGGCAUCGUCACCAUUGUCCUCUGCACGGCCACGGCCACCGGCAACGUCUUCCUAUCCGUCCUGGCCGCGCAUUCCAUCGGGCUCGCGCCGGCCGAGGUGUUGGCCUUUGCCGCCCGCAGCACCACGCUGGCCUUGGCAAAGCCUGCCAUGUCGGCCACGGGCGGCAACAUGGCCAUCAACGCGCUUCUGGUGGUUGGCAAUGGUAUUCUAGGACAGCUCAUGUAUCCCAUUGCGCUUGAUAGGCUCGGGGUGCGCGAAUCGCCGUCGUGCGAAAUGGGCGAUGGGUCGAGCGGAUCCGGGACGUCGGUGGCCCUUGGCCGUCCAGCUCCGUCGGUUCGAAAUAAGAUGGAAGGCUUGACGGUCGAGAAUGACGGCGAAGACGACGACGAUCCGGUGACGACUGCGGCUGGUGUGACGAUCGGCAUCAACGGCGCAGCCAUGGGAGUAUCGUACCUGUACGAAACGAGCAGCCAUGCCGCCCCAUACGCAGCGCUGUCCAUGACGGUAUUUGGCGUCUUGACCGUGGUGCUGACGACGGUAGAGCCGUUCCGCAACCUCGUUCUCCGGCUAUCCGAGCGUUGA